CCCUGAUUUGUCGAAAGCUAUGCUGCCAUAUUUUUCUACUUUGUAAUUUUGAGCGUGCUCACACUGAUAUUCUCGGUAGCAAUAAAAUCGUGCAAACCCCAUGGUAAUUUCUCUGAGUCUUUCUUUCGUCUAGUAAGCACAAUAGUGAAUAAUCAACUUUCGGUUUAAGCCGCUAAACUCGUUUUUCAAUGAUUGAUGCCGAAUGCAUAAAGUUUGACCAAUUUAAGCCACUGUAGUUCACAGAGACUUCAGAUUCUUCCAGGGAGAUGGAUUUUCAGUUACUUGUUUUAACUUUUUGUGUUUUACUCGUUGUUUUAUUGGCUCGGUUACUAAUUAUUCUUAGGACACGAGAUUGCAAACCUGGGAGAAAAGGUUUCGUCAGCGUUUUGGCUGUUGCUGGAUCUGGUGGGCACACUACUGAACUCCUGAGAUUAUUGGGUAGUUUGUCCAGUUCCUAUACUCCUCGAUACUAUGUUAUAGCUGAUACAGACAAGAUGAGUGAAGAUAAAAUUACCACAUUUGAAUCCACCAAAGGCAAAAAGACGUCCGAGGCACAGUUCACCAUCCAUCGCAUUCCUAGGAGUCGAGAGGUUUUGCAGUCUUGGAGCUCUUCAGUACUGACAACACUGUACUCUUUCUUUUACUCCCUACCACUGGUUUUCAGACUUAAGCCAGAUUUGGUCUUAUGCAAUGGACCAGGAACCUGUAUUCCUCUGUGUGUGUCUGCUAUUCUUCUUGGAAUCCUUGGAGUAAAGAAAGUGGUUAUUGUUUAUGUGGAGAGUAUCUGCCGAGUGGAAACACUGUCACUUUCUGGCAAGCUUCUCUACCAUUUUUCUGACUACUUCUUUGUUCAGUGGCCUUUUCUAAAGGAUAAAUAUCCAAAGUCCAUUUUCCUUGGUCGAAUUGUUUGACAGUAUGGAUGAGUACACUGUUUGCUCUGAAUACUUUACUGUUCAUUGUAAUAGUUGUUGUCAAAUGCCAUAAUAGGCUUGCACUGUUUUAACUAACCCUACAAAACAAGCAUUGUACAACUGUUGAUUGUCUGCCAGCUACUGUACCAUUUAAUAAAAUAUUUGCUAUA